AUGUCUAGUCGGUAUCAGUUAUGGGGUGGAUGUUUUCAAGAAGAGCCGUCCGAUCUCCUGCGCCGGAUGAACGAUUCUUUAACCGUCGACGUACGUCUGUAUCAGCAAGAUAUUAAAGGGAGCCAUGCCUGGGCUCACGAACUGCAUCUCUCUGGCUAUAUUUCUGACGCCGACUACAAAUCUAUUCAAGAAGGUUUAAAAAAGGUAGAAGCAGAAAUAACAGAAGAAUUAUCAAAAAAAGGUAGAUUAGGCGACAAAGAGGAAGAUAUACACUCAGUGGUCGAGCGAAGAUUGCAAGUGUAUGCGGGUGAAGCAGCGCUACGUCUUCAUACCGCCCGCAGCCGAAAUGAUCAAUCCGCUACCAAUACAAAGCUAUGGAUGUUAGCGUCCUUGCCACAGUUGCUCAACGAAAUUAAAAAACUCAUUAUGGUUUUAGUGAAUCGAGCCGCAACAGAAAUAGAUAUUAUUAUCCCUGGUUACACCCAUUUACAACGCGCCCAGCCAAUUCGUUGGAGCCAUUUCCUGCUCAGUUAUGCUUGGAUGCUACGUGAUAAUGUUACAAGAUUAGAAGAGCAGAAGAAACGCUUAAUGCAAUGUCCUCUUGGAAGCGGCGCUCUUGCAGGUUGUGCUCUGCCCAUUGAUCGCGUCCGACUGGCGCACAGCUUAGGCUUUACCGAUGUCACACCCAACUCUUUAUUUGCAGUUGGAUCUAGGGAUCAUAUUGUGGAAUUUCUCAACUGGGCAUCAAUUUGCGGAUUGCAUCUUAGCAGAUUAGCGGAAGAUUUGAUUCUCUACGGUUCCCAGGAAUUUGCCAUGGUUCGAUUCUCAGACCAGUACUCCACUGGAUCUAGCUUAAUGCCACAGAAACGUAACGCUGACGGUCUCGAACUUAUAAGAGGUGCUGCCGGUCUGUUACUUGGUGAUGCAUUUGCAUUCAGUUGUGUGUUGAAGGGACUCCCCAGCACCUACAACAAAGACUUACAGUCUGAUAAAGAGAUACUAUUUCGAUCUUUCGACAAAUUAAUGGAUUGCCUUAAAGUGGCAACAGGAACUGUAAGUACUAUGAAGAUUGAUUUAGAUAGAGCUUUAGCAUCUUUAGAGUCAAGCAUGUUGGCGACGGACUUGGCUCACGCGCUAGUCCGACGUGGCGUUCCGUUCCGUCGCGCACACCAUGCCGUCGGUGUAGCUUUGCAACGUGCUGCAACUCUUGGCGUCGACUUGAGAAACAUGUCCCAUCAAGAGUAUAUUGCUAUUUGUCCUGAAUUCGGAACUAAAGAAGAUAUUGAGAAUCUCUUCUCUUGGGAAAACAGCGUGGAGCAAUACACCAGCGUAGGAGGGACUUCAAAAACGGCUGUGUUUCAACAAAUUUCUCAGCUGAAGAACUGGUUGGAAAUGGAAGACACUAUUCAUUUAGAAUAA